GUAACAGUUGAACGCAUGCGACGUGCCCAGUGGCAAAAUCACCAGUUUUCAACGCAAUGCUGGGGAGCUUGGACCGAAGCAUACAGCAGGUACCAGUUAAACGUCACAGGUCGCUGCGCAUUCAAUGAAUCCCUUUUAUUAUAAAUAAUAAAAUAGCACUGCGGGCGCACAAUGAGAACCUCGUGCUAAAGUUUCACAUCAAAACACAAUUCCAAAUUCGAGAUUUUUAUGAAAGAAAAACACUCGUCAACAAAAAGUUGAUUUCAUUUUGAGUCAGCGUAAACGUGGAUGGAUCUUUGUGUUUAUGACAAGAGGUGUUUCCCGAAGUAGAAACGAAAUAUCAAUCAUUUCGCUGAUUGAAGGAGGCCCCAAAGAGAGAGGGGCGUGUAAUGAAGAAGGGAGCGACAGGGGAAUACAUCAAAGGCUGCUUCAGACCAGUCCGUGUUCUUUUUCUGUUUCUUCUUAUCACUACACUCGCUGUCUUAUUCAAGGAGCUUUGGAAGCGACAUGAACCCGUGAAGAAACCAGCCCAACCAGCUCUUGACUUGGGCUGCCUCUACACAGUGCAACCUCCACAGGGAGCGCAAGCAUGGCAGCUUAUAUCGUUCACCAUCAGUCCAACACCCAACGACAAAUGUAACGUUGACGCACGAAAUGCCAUUCGUGACAAAGGAGCGGGAGGCUCGAACUUUCGCCUCCAGGCGUUUGGCUCACAAGAAAUGGUCACGGGCAGCGUGACUCACAUUGGUGAUGACAUUUACAAUGCUACCCUGCGGUUAACAUUUGCGGAUGAGUAUAUAAUCCUGGUUAUCUUAACCUACGUUAAUAACGACAGUCUUGAGUAUCGAUAUCAUACGAAGGCCGUUCUGCAACAUGUACAGAACAGCCCCUUUGACCUACCCGUUACUUCAGGCCCUGAACCCCAGGGAUACACCCGAUACUGCACUCAAGAAGAGAGCGGAAUUGCCCCAGGGAGAUGGGUUGAGUGUGGUAGUAUUCCAGGUGUCGAGAGAUGCGGCCAGUGGCAGCUUGAUCCUGUUUAUGAUUUUGAUCAAAUCCACGGUUUUCACUGGCUGCCUUACUUCUGCCAGUUGCAUCAUUACAGUAGCGACGAGAUCAAGAAAUGCUUUGCCAAGCAAGGUUGGUCAGAGGUCGUGUUCACUGGUGACUCGCACAUGCGAUAUAGAACAUAUCACUGGGUGACGCGUUUACACGGCUCCUGUCACGGCUGUACUAAGACGCACAUCAAGAUGGUGUUUGAAAAGAUCCCACGCAUUGAGUGGGUGUUCGACGCGCGUGGAACGCGUUGGCCCCUCACCUUUCCCAACAUCUCAAUGCCUCACGAAGUGUACGUUCACCCGAGAACCAGACGGUCUAUGUUCUCUAAGGGUCUACCUUCGACUGUAUUUAGCGGCAAACUCUUUUUUAUGAACUUUGGACAUUGGGUUUUGCGAGAAAGUACAAAGACAUCAUUCAUGGCUGAUAAAAUCCGCGCCUUUACACAGGCAAUUCAAGCAAUGAAUCGCUCUGAAGGAGGGGUCAAGCGAUUUCUCUGGGUGAACACGGUUAGCUUACCAUGGAGAGAGGAUCGCGCCAUGAUCGAAUGGCUAGAAAAUCCAUCCCCGGCUCGCGUGGCACAGUUCAAUGGUCUGACAGACCAGGCUAUCAGGGACAGUGGCGUCCAGAUCAUUGACGCAUUCCAGAUUUCAAACAGUCGAAUAGGCGCCACCCAUGAUCAGACACAUUAUGCCAAGAGGAUGGAGAGAGGGGACUGCGGAGGAGUGGUGGAGAAUGCUAUCAGUAAUGUAAUAGCUAACGCCCUGUGCAAUUACGACCCUUGGUAAAACCUUUCCUAGUUUCUAGGCCUAAAACUUUCACCGUAGUCAGUACAUUCGGGUCACGUGGUCCGAACGAAAAACAGUGAAAGGUUUCACUGGCCGUUCGUCACCGAAAUGAAGUAAUCAUGAAGAUCUGGAAGCAAAAUGGACUUCCAGACUUGUGAGAAAGCUUGAGUCAGUCGUCAGCCAAAAAGGUACAAGUAGGCAUUUACCGUACCCAAAUUCGGCCACGUGAGCAUAAUAUCGUAGCCAUAUCUGGUCAGUAACUUGAUAUCGCAGGAUAUCAGGACUGGCUUCUGAUAGGCUCAUUGCGAAUUUAGGUACGGUGAAUAUAAAUACAAUAUCAGUCUUGCUGAAUGAUAUAUAGUGAUCAAUGACUAUUCUGGAUGCUCCUCCUGAACGAUGACGUCAGCUGUUUUUCAGGUGAAACCUCGUGAUUAAUGACGUCAUAACAUUGUUAACUUGUAAUUCAUAAUCAAUGGCAUUGAAUUAUUUUACCUCCACGGGAAAAAAAUGACGACGAAAGCUAGUAUAAUGCUGGAUGAUAUUGAGGACAAAUUUUUAGUUGCUUUUUUUAUUUCGUUUUAUAAAAGUAGAACAGAAAGGAAAUAACUAGUUUCUAGCUUUCACUUAAUCCACGAAAAAAAAACUUUUUUAUUCGUUUUCGGGAGUUAUUUAAACAAAAAGAAAGGUUGUGUCAGCCCAGGAAAGUAUAAGAACGUCUUGGAAGUAAAUUAUUUCACUCUAUUCGGACUUGACCCUGGCCCACUAGCGGGUCAUAGUUUGAGGCAUUUUUGCCCUGUCUUCGCAUUUCUUGUGCCUUUUUGUUAUAUAUGAAAGAACAGCAGUAAUGAAAUAAAAUGGGGCAUAUUAUUCUCAACAAUGUUAGCUGUCAAUCUAUGGUCCCCUGUGUCCAUAUUUCAAGGUUAUUUUAAACGGUGACCGUAGAAGAAUAAGAUACUUCUCACUCUACCUCCACGAUUUGGUGUGGGGUUUUCGCGUGUAAAGAUCCAUCUCUCAUUUAGUGACCACUAGGGAGCCCCACACUCAAAUCGUCCCACCUUCAUGUAUAUCGUCUCUGAUAUAACUAUUGGAUAUCUCUCUUUAUCCACUAAGCGAGGAGGUACCGAAACUGGUCUCUGGGGCUUUUGUUCCUUGGACUUCUCCGUCUUAGUUCUACAUCUGCUUCUACUACUAAAGGCGUUUCUCCUCAAGAACCACUACUUGAUUAACAAAUGUACACGUACUUAAAUAACCUAUCGGUAGCUAUGUGUGGGCCACAUGGGACGAACUGACCUUGGAAGAUUAAACAUCUAUUUUUAGAAUAUUAACCCAAACACUAUUACACGGCUUUCAGAAGUGAACUAAAAAGUUCUUGAAACAGCUAAUAGAAACUAAAGUUUAGAGAACAAGAAACCUAAACAGGAUCUUUGUGGGAGAUUCAGACCAAGGCCAGUUGACAAACCCAAACAUGACCAUCGAUGGGGUAUUGUUCGGGGGUAAGUAUUCUUGAUAAACUAAGAUAAACAACAUGAAGUCACGAGACUCGGUGGAUGGGCAGUCGGGUCUUAGAAUCACAAGACUAAUGUGGUAUCUACAAAAUGAUAAACAAUCGGUGAUCACGUAUCAAAAAUGCUUAAUUCUAUACAAGUUUUUGAGCUUUAUGACAUAACUGCUAGCUUGGACUUGAUUUUCUGACGAUUUGAAGACAAAGUGAUUUCCUAGCUGGAACUUUGCAGUUGCAUCGCUAGGGAACUAUUUUCUUUUCUUAGAAAUGAUGAGGUCUGGAAACGAAGCCUGACUGUGUUCUACCCGACGAGGAAGUGUGCCUUGCGUACUAUCUCUUGACGGGUUUCUUCUCCAUAAUUCGAAAUAACGUGGGAGAAAAUUGUCCAAACAUUGCUUUAUUUAAUUAAAUGAAUACAAUGUAUGGUUUUAGACAACGUUAUUGAGCAAUGCCAUGACAUCAUAUGACAUGUUCAAUUUGCAAUUUUUGAAGAUCAGUAACCAUGGUAGCAAUUACGUUAUGAUUAAGAUAUGAAGGAACUCUGAAAAGGAACUUGUCUGGCCCGCUGACCCCUCUCUAGCAACAACGGCAGUCGUCAAAUUAUGCCCUCAAAGCACACGUUUUCUUCCAAUAUUUAUUUAUAAAGGUAUCACUUCUCAUGGUGCAAUUCUCGAAUGAAUGCUCUUAUAAGAGAAUUCAAGAGCGGGUUAGGAAUCCAGUGAAGUUGCAAUUUACUUUAGAAACGAAUCAAAAUUAUUAAUGAAUGGAUGCACGAACACAUUUCAUAAAAAAUCCGCCUAAUCCCGGGCAGAUUUUAAUUUUGUUUUUUUUAUGCGGGAGGGAAUGUGUCAUGUUUAAUAUCAAUCAGGCUUUUAAUCCUUUUUAAUCCUCAACUUUUAUAAAGCUCUUUAGAGAAUUUAGAGCGUCAGAAGGGCACAUGUGAAAUGUUUAAACAAAUUCCAUGUUGCAUUUUUUUUAACAAUUUUUUUUUAAUUAAAAAAUCUUGACUAUUCGCUGAUAGCUGAUGGAACAGAAUUGAACUCAAGAAUAGUUAUCUCAUUUACAUAGUCGAUUUGUAACAGACCAGAUCCGAUAUAUUUAAGUCUCGUUUGGAACUGAGGGACAAAAGAAACCAAAAAAAUUGCAAUUGUGCCGUGAAUGCCUUGGAGCCAUGUUGACCCAUGUUAAAACGUUGAUGUAGUAAAAAUCGGCCUAUGCGAACGGUCCCCAAGAUGUAGACCAUUAUUCUCGGGUUAUAAACCGUUAUAAAACUUAGGUUUAUAUGCAAAUUAAAAAACUUAGGAGAUCUUUCAG